UGAGGCAUCACCUCAAGAUGACUCGCCUACCUCAAGUCUGGGCGCUGGCUUUCCUGUCACUGAGAGGGAUUUUUCCCCAGCUCCUCGUGGAACAUCUCAGCUUGGAGGAAGGUCAGAAUCUGGAUCUCCAUUGCGUCACCAGUAAAGUCAACACUUCGGCUCUAGAAUGGAAGGAUCCCGGCGGCUUUGCGAUAUUUUUCAACGAUUGGCAAGUCACAAGAGAUGGAAGGUAUCAACUUCUAAAUUACUCCAACGAUUCACUGUCCAUUCGUCUGUCCAACAUAACAAGACACGAUGAGGGUCUGUUCACCUGUCUCUACUACAGUGAGAAUAUUGGAACCAAAGUAGUGAACGUUACAGUUUGGGCUCCACCUUCCAAACCUUUGUUGGAAGUGUUGAGGAACACAAUAAGCUACACAGAAGAAAAUAUCAUCUUAAGGUGUUCCACGGAGGGCAGCUGGCCUGUUCCUCAGAUCACCUGGCUGCUACAGAACGGAAUGGAAAUCUUUGGAAACAAUCAACACCGAUUGGAAGCCAAGAGGUUCCACUCCGUAAGCAACUUGGCUGUCUAUGCAUUCCCCCAAGGCUCUGUCAUUUCUUGUGUGAUACACCACAAAGCCUUAGGAAGAAGAAAUUUAACUCUGACUUUGCACCUGGAACAUGCCAAACAAAAACAGAAGACAGAAGGAACCUUUAGCAUACCAACGUUGUCUCCAACCAAGGAAGCAGAAACACAAAGUUCUAAUGCCGCCAACGAAUCCAAUCCAACCUUCAACGUAACAGAAGGAAACCCAACCACACAAACACCGUUCCCAAGUACAGAUAGGGAGGUUUGGGCAAACAAUCAAACAAACAUGACUUACAGAGGCUUUGUGGAGGAACAAGCCACCAUUUUGUUCCCGGGUCUUGUGUCCAUUCUCCUUCUUGCUCUCUUGAUCAUGGUCCUUCUCUUUGUGGUGAAGCUGUGGAAAGCACACAGGGACUGGAAAAAAGAAAAUAAUAAUAAUGCUUCUGAGCAACCCAUUGAGAGCUACAGGCCUAAAGCAAACGAAGCCUCUUCCAGACUCGAGAACAAUAUAUGCGUGAUCCCCUGGAGGAACAGCGAGAAGUAUGUAAUUCAAGAAUCAUAUACCAGGAAGCCAAACUCUUCAGAAGGAAGUCAUGAUUCUUCGGUCUUCGAAAAAGAAUUGUCCCACCUUAAAGAAACGGAUAUGUAAACCCUAAGGACGAUAUUGUGCUGUGUUUAGCGGCAAGAACCAUCUUCUCUUCCCAUUUUUCUUUCUUGCACUGCCCCGUUCUGCAAAAAAAGAUCUCUUCAAAAACCCAGAUUUUGGAGAGGAUUUCAGAUGAGAGCCUCCUAGCGCCUCUCAGAACAAUAUUGCA